AUGUGGUGGAUGCUCCUCUUCAAAGCGUUCAAAAUCGGCAACAAAGCCUACAAAACCCACAAAAACAAAAACGGCCAUGACGACGCCCUGAACCCCAACUCGAUCAACCUCAGCGGCCCCCCACCCCCACCGCCAGCGCCGCUCAAGACCCGCCUCAAAGCCCACAGCCAGCUGCUGCUGCACUUCCUGGAGCUCGUCUUCGGGCUCACCGUCGUGGGCCUGUAUGGGCGGGACGUGCGCGCGGCGCAUAAGAACGGGGAUGCGCAGAAUGCGAAGUGGGUGUAUGCGCUCGUUACGGGGGCGCUGGGGGCGGGGACCGGGUUGGUGUAUCUUGGGUAUGGGGUUGUCAUGGUGAAGUUGGAUAAGCUGGGGCGGGAGAGGAGGAUGGUGGGUUCGUUGGGGAGGCUUGCGUGGGGGUUUGUGUUGGUGGUUUUGUGGCUGGUGGUGUUUGGGGUGUUUGGGGGGAUGUAUAUUGGGGUUCAUGGGGAGGGGUCGGAGGAGGAGGUGGAGAAAACGAAGAGGAUGAGGCAUGCGGUUUGGGUGGAUUUGGUGAACUUGGUGUUUUGGGUUGGGGGCAUGGUCAUCGAGGGACUGAGGUGGUGGAGGUUACGCGGUGGACGGGGGGUUGGUGGUGGUCUGGAGACUGGGGAGAAGGAGGUUGCUCCUGCUUAA